AUGAACAGCAGUAGCACACACGCCGGGCCGCCCUUCUCACCGCACGACGCCGCGGCGGGAAAUGGUGUCGUGUUCAAGAAGCAGGUGUUGAAGCUGGGGCUAGACGGUAGCAGUCUGCCUCGGCUAGUGGUGGUGACGGAGAAGAACGUGUACGUCUGCCUCCCUUCUGGCGGGAUCACACGCACCAUCGCGGUCGCAUGCAUUGAGCGGAUCACGCUGAGUCCGCGCGAGGACAUGGUGAGCGGCGAUGCUAGCGAUGCUACCGACGUCGCACCUCCUUCCAGUCCUAACAAAGCCAAGAAGGAACCGUCGAGGUCUCCGGGCUCCUUCUUUGCCUCCGUCUUCUCGCGUGGCAGAGGCGGGGCCAAAGACUCCGAAAAGAAGAGCGCCAGCAGAUCUCGUCACCGGUACGAAGAGGACGUGGAUGAGACCCACCCCGCGUCCCCGAAGAGUGCUGCACCGCCGACACAGCAGCCAGGCCCGAGCGCCGCGCUAUCCAGCAGUGACCAGCAGAGCAGCACUGGCGUCUCUCCCGCCGAGUGGGCCGUCAUCGCCACGCUCGGCAUCGCGUCGGAGGCUCCGCUGGCCCUUCAGCUGCUGCGUGUCGAGGAUGGCGUAGACUUCGUCGCGGCCCUGCGUGCGUCGCCGCACAUUUCGGCCAGCGCGGUCUUCAACGUGCCCGACGAAGACGGACCGACAAACGCGAUGGGCGAGCUGCUUUUUGCUCCGCCGGCGCGACGCGCCGAUCCGAUCGUGCCGCGUGUGCUGGAGCGCGACGCGGACGAAAAAGAAGGAGUGACGCAGAAGAAGCCGGGGAGUGACGUUGCCGAGAACACUGCCGUGGACGAGGUGGAGCUCUCGCCCUCCUCGCCGCGCAGCACCAACGUUGCCUCCCCUCCCCCAAUGACCGUUAGCGCCGACGUUGAAGUUCCUUCGCUUCGGGUGCGCAACGCUGGUAGAGUCGCCGUAAGGGACGCUGUCAACGGCAAGAAUAAUAAUUACAACGCAGAGGAGAUCGCCGAAAAGCUGCGUAGCGGUGGGGCGAGAGGUCAGGAGGCGGGUGCAUUGCACACGCGGGAGCACGCCUCUUCCCAUUCUUCCCCUCCCUCGUCUCGAUCGCCUCCGCCUUCUUCCAAGGCGAGCAGUGUUCACACGGCAGAGGAGGUGGUGACGCUCACGCCUGUGCACGCGCCGACCCGCCCUUCACCGGAUGCAACGCCCCAGAUGCAGCAGCAGCAGCAGUCGCAAAAGGCGAAGGAACCACCGGCUGCCGCAGCGGCACCCACACACACAAGCAACGCCGCACCGACGAAUGACAAGGCGCCAUCGGAGGGGCGCACGCCGUCACCGCUGCGUGCUGCUCCCCUCCGAGAGCCACCACAGCCGCCGCCCCCGCUCGUCUCGUCCACCGUCGAGGCUUCAGACACUGCGCCUCGAACCCAUUUAUCUGCAUCGCAGGACACCAGCGCAAGCCGUCGUCGCACACCUCCAAUGGAGGAUGAAGCAGCGAUGCCGCCAGUGGAGGAAAAGCAAACGCCAACGAUAUGGGAAACGAUACGGGACAGCGAGGCGCGGCACACGCCGUCCCCGUUGGCAACCUCGCCUGCGCAGGAGCGCCACGCAGAGGGGGACCGAGUUCUUCUCAUGGACAAAUAUGCGGAGGAUCUUUAUAACCCGCCUGCACGUCUGCCCUCCCUCUCCUCCUAUAAUGAUCGUCCUACGGACACAUCUGCAGCGCCGGUGUCCAGCCGACUCCUUCCCCGCGCAGGGUCGAACACGGCACACAACACGGCUGCUUCCUCGUCCCCCUCUGCGACGGUGCGCACACCAGUGCAUGUGGAGGGGCUCCAAGGAGAGCCUGCAGGGCCAUCAGAAACAGUGGCCCGCCUGCGCCGCAGUCUCGAGGCUCAGGAGGCGCUCUUGCGCGAGCUGGCCGACGUGAAGAACGACGUGCGGAGUUUGCGUGCUGCCCUCGCCGAGCGCGGCGCGCAGUGUGCGGAGUGGCAAGCGGCGUACACGCACGCGCAAGAGCACAUCGAUGGCCUCCGACGCGAACAGGCGCACCUGCUGGAGGAGCAGGAAGAGCGGCUUCGACGCGCACACCGGGCAGAACUGGAGGCGGUGCAGACGGCCUUCGACGAGUACGACACCCGCAUGACGGACUUUGUGGACCACCUGCAGCGCGACCAUCGCAAAGAAGCCGCACAGUGGCAGCAUGAACGCCGCACCCUGCAUCACCAGCUGGAGGAGCUGCGCGAUCAGCAGGAGGAGCACGAGCGGCGAGCGAGCGCAGUGGCCGAGGACGCCAUGAAGGAAGCCCGGCGGCGUCAGCCACAGUCUCCUCCUCCUCCUUCUCUUUCUCCGACCUCCGCCUCCUACUUGGACCACAGUUUAGCUUAUUCCUCGAGUCUCCCUGCACCGCCUACCGGAAGUGCCGGAGCUCAUGAAAACGCGAGCGAGCGGGUGAAGGCGAAGGUAGACGCGUACAUGGCGCAGCGGCAACGUCAGAGACAGGCCGCCACCCCUCCUGCUCCUGCUCCCUCUUCCCCUGUCCCCUCGCCCUCCCCACGCUCUCGGGGCAACGUGCGAUCUCCGCCGACAUCCUCGUGGCCGCGCGUCGCUUUUGGCUCCCACUGUCUCUUUGACACUUUAAAGGACGAAGAAGGGGAGGAGAUGCACAACCGAGCGCAUUCAACGGCAGCUCUCCAGAUGCGGCGUCGUGACUCGCGUGGGGAUUCGUUCAUUCAGACUCCACCGACGUCCUCGUGCGAGAAGACCGGUGACGACGGAGGUGUGAGGCGCGACGCUGCCGGCUAUGUUCCGCAUCGGCGAACCUUUGUGUAG